AUGCGUGGGGAAAGAUGCGUGGCUGUUGACACUAUAUCUCUUGUUGCUCGAAUACUGAACAGAUCUAAAGCUCAUCUCCAAUCAAUGCUCUUGCAAAGUAAUUCAACUAUACUGGAGGAUUUCUAUGUUCAUCUGGUGGAUGCUGUACCAGAUCUUACAGAACAUAUUCAUCGGACUACAGUGAGACUACUGUUGCACAUUAACGGAUAUGUUGAUCGUGUUGCCAAUUGUAAAUGGGAAUUAAAAGAGCUUGGCAUGGAGCAUAAUGGAUAUGUUGAUUUGUUGCUGGGGGAGUUUAAGCACUAUAAAACAAGACUUACUCAUGGAGGAAUUCGUAAAGAGAUUCAAGACCUAUUAUUGGAUUAUGGGCUUGAAAUUGUGGCAGAAACUCUUGUUGAAGGACUUUCAAGGGUGAAGAGAUGUAGUGAUGAAGGACGAGCUCUUAUGUCGUUAGAUCUUCAGGUUUUGAUUAAUGGACUACAGCAUUUUGUGUCGCUGAAUGUGAAACCCAAGCUACAAAUGGUUGAAACUUUCAUCAAGGCAUACUACCUUCCCGAGACAGAGUAUGUGCACUGGGCACGAGCACACCCGGAAUACAGUAAAAGCCAGAUUAUUGGACUGAUCAACCUUGUUGCCACUAUGAAAGGUUGGAAGAGGAAAACCAGGUUGGAUAUACUGGAAAAGAUUGAAUGA